AUGCUUAUAUAUUUACUCUUUUUUGAAACGUUAAUAACCUUUAUCCAGGAUGGAGAUCUGCUUCGGCUUAGGAGUCCGUUUGGGAGCCCCACAAAGAAUGGCUUAGAUAGACCAUUUUCUGAUGUGACAUCAUAUAAUGUGCCUCAUCGGAGCUUCUUUCCAACGGGGUCUGCUGACAGCUCUGUUCACUCUUUAUCAUCUGGAGGCUUAGACAACAUCAAUAGGCAUGUAAGGGGAAUUCCUAUGGAUGCUUUUCGGGUGAGUUUAUCUAGUGCUGUAAGCUCAUCAAGUCAUGGCUCUGGUCAAGAUGAUGGGGAUGCCCUGGGUGAUGUUUUCAUUUGGGGAGAAGGCACUGGUGAUGGAGUUCUUGGUGGUGGCAUUCAUAGAAUCGGAAGUCAUUCCGGGAUAAAAAUGGAUUCCCUUGUCCCCAAGGCUCUGGAAUCUGCUGUAAUUCUCGAUGUUCAGAAUGUUGCUUGUGGUGGAAGACACGCCGCUCUAGUAACUAAGCAAGGUGAGAUAUACUCUUGGGGGGAGGAGUCAGGAGGCAGGCUAGGACAUGGAGUGGAUUCUGAUGUCUCACAACCGAAGCUCGUUGAUGCUCUUAGUAACAUGAAUGUUGAAUUUGUAGCAUGUGGGGAACAUCAUACAUGUGCUGUGACAUUGUCAGGAGAUCUUUAUACAUGGGGGGAUGGUACUUACAAUUUUGGACUCCUCGGGCAUGGAAAUGGAGUGAGUCAUUGGAUCCCUAAAAGGGUUAAUGGACCUCUUGAGGGCAUACAUGUUUCGUCCAUAUCAUGUGGACCUUGGCAUACAGCUGUUGUAACCUCCUCGGGACAAUUAUUUACUUUUGGUGAUGGAACAUUUGGUGUUCUUGGUCAUGGAGAUAGAAGAAGUGUCUCAAUACCUAGAGAGGUUGAAUCUUUAAAGGGUUUGCGUACUGUGCGAGCAGCUUGUGGGGUGUGGCACACUGCUGCAGUUGUGGAAGUUAUGGCGGGAAAUUCAAGUUCGAGCAAUAGUUCUUCAGGUAAACUAUUUACAUGGGGAGAUGGUGAUAAAGGCCGGCUUGGACAUGGGGAUAAGGAACCAAGACUUGUGCCUACAUGUGUGGCUGCAUUGGUUGAGGCAAACUUUUGUCAAGUUGCCUGUGGUCAUAGUAUGACAGUUGCUCUUACUACAUCUGGCCAUGUGUACACAAUGGGAAGUACUGUCUAUGGUCAGCUUGGAAAUCCUAUGGCUGACGGGAAGCUUCCUGCAUGUGUUGAAGGGAAGCUUGCAAAUAAUUUUGUGGAAGAGAUUGCUUGUGGUGCGUAUCAUGUUGCAGUUCUAACAUCAAGAACUGAAGUUUACACGUGGGGAAAGGGAGCAAAUGGUCGAUUAGGCCAUGGAGAUACAAAUGACAGGAGUUCUCCUUCACUUGUUGAAGCCCUGAGAGACAAACAAGUCCGAACCAUUGUUUGUGGAUCAAAUUUUACUGCAGGCAUAUGUAUCCAUAAGUGGGCAUCCGGGGUAGACCAGUCAAUUUGCUCAGGCUGCCGUCUGCCAUUUAAUUUUAAGAGGAAGCGCCACAAUUGCUACAACUGUGCCCUUCUAUUUUGUCAUUCCUGUAGUAGUAAGAAGUCUCUUAAGGCGUCCAUGGCACCAAAUCCCAACAAACCACAUCGUGUAUGUGAUAAUUGCUUUAACAAACUGAGGAAAGCCAUGGAAGUUGAACCAUCAUCUCAAAUUGCAGCUAUUCGGAAAACAAAUGUGUAUCAAGGAGAACUUGUUGAGAAGGAAGAGAAAGAUCCCAAGCUUCAGGUCCAAGCAUCUAAGUUUUCUUCUGUGGAUUCUUUCAAGCAGAUGGAAGUCAGAUCUUCAAAGAAGAACAAGAAGUUAGAGUUCAGUAACAGUCGUGUAUCUCAUAUUGCAAAUGGAAGCUACCAUUGGACCAAUGUUUCAAAAACAUUCAAUCCUGUCUUUGGAUCUUCAAAAAAGUUCUUCUCAGCAUCUGUUCCUGGAUCAAGGAUUGUAUCUCGUGCAACAUCCCCCAUAUCAAGACGUUCCAGUCCUCCUCGCUCAACAACACCGACACCAACCCUGUCUGGACUUACUUCCCCAAGAUUUGGGGUAGAUGAUGCCAAAACGACAAAUGACAACUUGAGCCAAGAAGUUCUCAAGUUAAGAUCCCAGGUACACAUUCAUUAUACAUUGUUUGCUAACAACUUACAGUCUUAAAUGUAAAUGAAGCAUACGAAUCACCUCCGCAGCUAUCUCUUGUUGGUAUCUCAUCUCUGGAGAACGUUUUUACUAAUAUAUUUUUUUUGUUCCUUUUUAUGGGAAUGAUGGAACUUAAGAGCAAACUUGACGAUCUAGCAUCAACAGUUCAAUUGCCUGUUAACGCCUAGUCUGUGAUAGUUGUCUCAAUCUUUGAGGUUGUUUUUUGGAAUUCGUUAAUCCACUUUUUGCUGUUUCUGGUUUUUUCAUCUUCCACGGGUAUUGCUCAACACCGUGAUCAUCUGGUUCUCUAUCUCAUUGUCGGUGGGGUGCCUUAAAACUGAGGUCGGUAACUUACCUGUUAUCCAUUCUGUAGAUUGAUUUUUCAAUUAGUGAUCAGCUCCAGAUAGUAACUUAAAUGGUGUUUUAGUGAAAUAGGUUGCCUCCCUAGCCAAUUUUUUUAUUACUUGAAAAGAAGCAGAAUUAAAUCCAGGCUGACUGAUUUAGAUCACUCUCAGUGGAGCUAACAAUAGUUUGUAUGCUCUAAAUGGACAUUAUUUGCAAAUCAGAUUAUACUGGGCGAUCCUGAUUCUGUCCCUAGAAGUAGAUUUCAUGAAAAUGUUGGAUCUUAAUUUUUCUGCAUUGGGAUUAUGCCUCUAUAUCGACUCUAAAUUUUGGAUUCUGAGAGUAUCUGUGCGUAUUGCAUUUUGUGGAGCAGCUCAAAUAUGCACCUUUUUUUUCACUUCUAUUAGAAAGUACUGAUACCAUAAGCUCUUAUAAAUAUUCAUUUAUAGACGAAGGCACACUAUUUAUGGAGGGAGAGUGUAUGUUUCUGAUAGGUCCUCAACAUGUAUUACAGAUGUUAGGAGGGGUUGAGGGGAAAAGCUCAAAUUGUAAGGGUUUUUCAACAAUAUUCACACUGGAGGAGAAAACAGAGGGAAUGGAAGGAGAAAGGGGGAACAAGUCAUUUGGGCCUGAGUGGAGAGAGAUAAACCUCUUGAACAGUUAUCAGCCAUCUAGGGUCUCCGUCAAGAAAUCCAAUCUUAUUUUUCCUUUCUUUGUUAUUUUCCUGUUAUUUUCUCGUUAUUUCAACCAGAUUUCUCUCCUGUUCGUCGUCCGGAAUUGGUGUCAGUAUCAGUUUCCUAUCUUUUCAUGUGCUCAAUUUAUAAUGUCAGGUGUUCCAGCCAUGCCUUUGAAAAGUAUAAUACAGAAUUGAAACAUCUCUAGCAACCAUGGUUCCAUCUUGUGCAUGAUUACCGAAUCAUUAUCAUGUGUUAAUGUGAACACAGUUUUUAUUUUUCCACAUCACUCAGGGGCACCCGAAAGACUCGGUAAAACCAAGAUAACGGACAUGUUUAGUUCUUCAAGUCAAAUCAGAGAGGUAGUAUUCAUAUCUGCUAAUGAUGCUGGGAACAGAGCAUGUCCGUUAUCUUGUUUCAUUUUAAGGAUUAAAUUCUCAGGAUCCCAAUAAGGUAGUUUUAUGUAUGUUGGAGAUUGUGCUGACGAGACCUAAACGGAUUUCCCCUAAAACUUGCAUUUUGAAUGUUGCCGAUUCAAAACGCAAAGUUUGUGUAUUCAGAUGAUUUUGAUAUCAUUUUUAUAGGACUAAGAUGAGCGCCUGAAUCUUUUCUCUUGCCUACAGUAUGCUUAUUGUCAGAAACAUCUGGAUCACAUCAUGCCGUAGAAAAGAGUCUCAGGAAAUGAUAAAUGCCCAAAGACAUGCACUCCAAAAUGUCCAAAUAAGUGAAAAGUUAGUCUAAAUGUUGCCGCAUCUUCUUUGCACCAGAUUCUCCGUAUUAGGCUAUUUUGGUUGAAUUUUACUUCUUUUCUAGGAGAUCAAUUGGUUUGUUAUUAGGUCCUAUGUUAUGAGGGAUCUAGAACCAAUUUCGUACUAUUUUUUAUCAGCUCACAUCUAUUUUGAUCGUUUUCUCUCAUUAUGGAUUCGAGGAACCCCUUAUAGAUUAUAGCCUUCCCCUUUUUCGAUCCUUGUGGUUUUAAGGACUUUCGUUUUCAUUCCUUGUGCCGUCAAGGCUCGAUAUUCUUCUUUGCUGAGGUCUUCUUGGCUUCCGCAACAUCAUAUUAUGUGUUCAUUUACAGGACACCUAUAACCCUCAAUCUUCAAGUAACAUGAUUUAUUAGUUUUCUAUUUCGUCUUGAUCAUUUUGUGAAAGCAAGAAUGAACGAGAAAUAUUGAUAAUGACGGUUUCGUUUGUGUAGAUAGGACCUCACCCAGUAUGAUUAACAUGUUGGUGGACUCUGUUUGAAGAUGGGUGUGGUAGACAGAAUAAUCAUGCAGAACUCAUUGGAUUUGACUGUAAUCCGGUAGAUUGAUAAGAAUUGGCAAUGAUUUUGACAGAAGUUGGUAGAUUUUUUUUAAUCCCCCGGAUUAAUCUGCUUGGGCUGUCCAUUUUGUUCCAGAUUAGAAUUAAAAUUGGAACCGGCCGACUUAGUCACCGAGCUGAUUUUAAAAAAAUUUCAUUAUAGAAGUGCUAUGACCAUAUUUAUGUCGAAAAUAUGGACGGGUUGAGGAUCUCUUUUUCAGAAGUCCCAACAAAUGAGGAAAAGGGGAAGCUAUGGUCUUGUUUUCGUUGUUUUACUGCUAAAGCAAAUAACAAACGACCUGGUCAAGCUACUGGUGUGAAAAUUUCAUAAUGAACUAUUCUUGUUGCCACUUUUAUUUAUCGGUCAUCUAACGAAAAUUAAUUUGAUUACUUGAACAUAAAUACGAAUAAUAUAGUUUUUGACGACUUAUUUUCUGUAUCUAUGAGGUUUGGGGAAUCUGAAUGUCUGCUGUUUUUAACCGCCAACCACUUAUUGUAGCCAGGAAGCACACCACGGUGCUGCAGAUUCUUAUUCUUAACUCAUUUGACGUAUAAACGUUUCUUAGAAUUAUAAGUUGUUAUUCUUUUUUUUUUAUUUUUGAUUUCUUGUCUAGGUAGAGAGUCUCACUCUUAAAUCUCAGCGUCAAGAAGUUGAGUUGGAGAGAACUGCAAAACAAUUGAAGGCAGCUAUGUCAAUAGCAGAGGAAGAGACUGCAAAAUGCAAAGCUGCGAAGGAAGUUAUCAAGACACUUACCGCACAAGUAAGAAAUGUUUGUUGUCUUGUGGACCUGGUUUUAAGUUUUGGUUUAACCCAUUUUGGUAUUAUGAUGGCAUUGUCGUUGAUGCCUCAAUAUUGGGCUUUUCCUUAUCCUCUUUAGCUUGAAGAACAUCGGACUAGGAUGUCUUUGUGUGUGGUGUCAGAUAUGAGUACAGUUAUUAGGGUUUUCAUUGAACUUUUGCACAUGUCAAGUUUUCUUUCUUUAACCUAAUAUCAUGAAUCCCCCCACAUCUCCUUGAAAUUUUUCCUUCUGAUAGAUAUUUAUUUUUUACCUUGUGUAUUGAUGAUCGUUCUUGAGAUCUGAUUGCUUCUGUCCUGCCAAACAGCAUGAUAGUGCCUCUUACGAUGUUACUUUUUCAAAAGUAGAGAGGGAAUUUGGGGUUCAACGAUUUUGAUAUGAUUGAUAAAUUGUUGAUAUCUUCCUACUACCUUUGUUCGUUCAGUUUCUACUUUCGUUCCAUUAAAUUCUGUGCACCAUUUGCAGAAUUUCAUAAUGUUUAUUUACCACUCCACUUCUCUCCAUCUACAUCUUUUGGGCAGACCAUUGCAGCAUCAAGACGUUCAGAAUUCUCAAAGAUGUUUCUGCUCGUCUGAAAUAUUCAUGGCCUCCAUUUCUCAUUAUAUAGUCUGUUAAAAUCUGUUUAAAUGCAAUGCCAGUAAAUCAGCGGGAUUAGGUUUCAUAUUUCAAACAAUAAGACGUUUAGAGACGAAGUAACUAAAAUCUUCUGUAUCUUUUAUGCUUCCACGAUUAUUUUCAACUAAGCAACCCGUUCAUUGGAUUUUGUUGAUAGAUUUCAUUACCUUAUUUAAAUCUCAGUGCCAAAAUCUUGCUGCAAUUCUUAUAUUCUAAGAAUCCGCCCCAAAAGGUGCUGCCAUCAAAGAACUAAAUGAUUGAGAAAUGUGUUGCUCCUAAGCCCAAAGCUGGCUGAGGCAUGUUUGUCUAUCUUAUAAUUGUACAAAAACAUCUGGAGGUGCAACAUUCUUGAUUUGCUUUCAUUCGUGAUAGGAUUCAAGUUUUUAAGGUUGUUUUCUGGAAUGCGCAUGAUCCCGUACCUGUUAUCUAUUCCAAAGGAAAGGAAAUCAUCAAGUGCAUUUUAAGGCUGCUCUCAAAAAUUGUGUGUACUCCAUGUCAAUUUUGGGAGUAUUUUGUAUUGCAACGGAUGCGACAAGGCCUGAUAUUGACUGGCGCGAAUUCCCACUUUAAACAUGGUUUAUCUUUUUUCUAUGAUACUUAUGUGAACUUGCAUUGUUGUCUUCAUUGCUGAUCUGAACGUCUGGUAAAAAAUGCUGAUUGUAUGCAUCUUUUUGGGGCAAUUCAUGCCUUGCCAGGUGCAUGGCUUUUCUGUCUUUAAUAUGCAACUGUUUAUCUUCUACAGUUGAAGGAGAUGGCUGAAAGGCUGCCUGGAGGAGUGGGGAGAAAUGGCAAACCACCUUCUGUUGCAUCUUUCAGCGCUGGCUUGAGCGAUACUGCUUCUGUAGCCAUGGAUCAAACGGAUAUUCCAAACACUAUUUUUCGCGAAUCAGAUUCAAAUUCUUCCAGAAUUCAGGUUCCAAACGGGUCAGACUCUACAGGAAACAGGAAUAGAUUAGAUUAUUCAGAAAGCACUAGAAAUGGAACCAAAAAUGUGGACGAUGAUCCCAAUCCCACUACCGAAUGGGUUGAACAAGAUGAACCUGGCGUGUACAUUACCCUUAUUUCACUACCUGGGGGGACCAAAGAUCUCAAGAGAGUUCGCUUCAGGUAAGUAUCAAGAAAACUUCACCAUUUUAUCUGCAAUGUUGGCGCAGAAUUUGUUUCUUUCAGUGCUUCAUAUUAGUAGAUAUUCGCAUUGAAUAAUCUCAUUCUUAAGUAAUUUUUUUAUGCAACUGUAAAAUGAAUAAUUUGAAAAAAACCAGUUAUAAUAUCAGAGAUCACUUGAGAAUUUAAUCAAUUAUUGAGAAUAAUCUCUGUUGCGAUGGUUACUCUGUCAAGAUAGAAGACCUUUGAAGUACUACAGCCAGGUUCAUCAUGUCCUGCUCCUAGGAGAUUACAAACCUCAAGCCUUCUUGGGAAAAUAUAAAUCAACUAUCUAGCUGAUAAAAGUUGUAUCAAUUUCCAUUUCGAUCAUUUGUGAAAGUACUUCGUAAGAGUUUGUCAUUAUUGGCUUUCCUAUAAGAGAGAAUACUGGAAAAAGUAUAAAUCCAUUGAAAAGAUCAAUUGGCCGGCUGAAUCUCGUUUAUCAGCUUUCAAACCUUGUUGAUCAUAUGCUUCAACUAGACUGAGUCUAGUUGGACCAAUCUUGUGGGACGGAGCAUAUGCACGUGGCGGGGCUCACAGCCUUAUGACAGCAAUCCAACUGGCGUAAGUCAAUGCAAACACAGUGGUAGCCUCAGAUAAAUCGAGGUUGACUAAUAAAGGGGAGCGUGCUUGCAAAGAUAGGCAAGUAGGCAACAGCUUCCAUUGUACAGAUAUGAUACUGUGAUUCGCAGACCAUGGAUGAAUAUGAUUUUCUCAUUUUCCAAUACUUACUAAAAAUUGCAUUCAUAACUCAUUGGCAUGUCAGAAUUCCGUAAUGAUGUUUUAUCCAAUAAUAAACUGAAUUAAAUAGAAAUGAUUUAAUGACUACUUGCCUUCAUGUUUCUCAUUCAUUCGGUGAAAAGUGAUGAAUUCAAUCAUGUUUGGGAAGCCACAUCCUACCCACAGAGAUCUGACCCAACAAAGAGGGUUUAUUUCCAUAUUAUCGUUUUAUUAAAAUAGGUCAUUCUUUGAUUCUUUUUCUCCUUUUACGGGUCACGAAACCUUGUGAAAAAUGAUACCUUUUAUAGAAUUAUAACCGAUGUUCUUCAAUGCAGAGCAUCCACGAUAUAUUGCUAUGUCGGGGACUGCUCACUCUGACUUGGCCUCCAAUGUCUUCUGGGUGCAGUCGGAAGCGGUUCAGCGAGAAACAGGCCGAGCAGUGGUGGGCUGAGAACCGAGCGAGAGUUUACGAGCAGUAUAAUGUCCGCAUGGUCGAGAGAUCAAGCGUGGGCAUGGGAAAUGACGAGCCCCUCCAUUGA